AUGGCCAGCACUAGUGACCAGAGUCCAGCUGAUGGACAAGCUCGGUAUACGUUUGUGAUCCUGCGACAUGGUGAAAGCGAAUACAACAGCGAAAAGAGGGUGACAGGCUGGGCUGAUUCAGACCUGACAUCCCGGGGGGUCGAGCAGGCCAGGUGUGUUGGACAGAUACUGAAGAAGAAUGGCCUCACUUUCGACAUUGCGUUCACAAGCGUCCUGAAGAGGGCAAUCAAGACUCUUUAUUUUGUACAGGACGAACUUGACCUGCAUUGGAUUCAAGUUCACAAACACUGGUGCAUCAAUGAACGCCACCAGGGGGCGAACCAGGGACAAGAAAUGAACCAUACAAAAAAAUAUAAAAAGGAAGCGUCGGCAUUCGACGAUUGUCCACCAGCGUUAGAGGAGUCUGAUGAAAGAUGGCAGAGGACAGUAAACGAUUAUCGUUACAAUAUGCUGUCACCGAGUGUUUUACCCAGAGCAGAAUCUUCCAAAAUGGCACUGGAAAGAUUUCUACAUUACUGGCACAGUAAUAUUGUACCGGAAAUAAAGGCUGGCAAGAAAGUUAUCAUAGUCGCUCAUUCAAAUAUCAUGAAGAACUUCCACAAAUAUCUUGGUAAGAUCAACAAUCAUAAUGACAGUGAUUUGAAGAAAAUUGAACAAGGUAAACCUCUAGUUUAUGAACUGGACCAUGAAUUAUAUACUAUAGGAUGGAAAUAUUUAGAAUAA